CAGGAGCUCGAGUCGCAAAGUUGUCGUUCCUCUCUCUUUUGGUCCCUGUGAGCCAGCGAGCCCAAAAUUUUACCGAGUGUUACCGAAGAAACAGCAGGAGAGGAAACGGCCGAUCGCCAAUUCGCCCGUCGCAAGAUCGUUCGGGCCAAAUCUCUUGUCAUACGCGUAUACCGUCGUAUCGAGAAAUAUCGUGCGCGCGCGAUUAUCACUUAAAAUAAACGGCAUUCGCCGGAUUCGCGUACGGCCACACUCGCUCACACCGGAUCGGAGAGGAGGGCGAGCCUGUUGUAUCGUGUGUGAUCAUCCACUGGAGACGGUGUCAACGAGAAAAGGACAGACAAAAUGUCGGACCGAAAAGCAGUAAUCAAAAAUGCUGAUAUGUCGGAGGAGAUGCAACAAGAUGCUGUUGACUGUGCCACUCAAGCUCUCGAAAAAUAUAACAUUGAAAAGGACAUUGCAGCAUUUAUCAAGAAAGAAUUCGAUAAAAAGUACAACCCAACGUGGCAUUGCAUUGUAGGACGUAAUUUUGGUAGCUAUGUGACGCACGAAACAAGACAUUUUAUCUAUUUCUACCUUGGUCAGGUAGCCAUUCUCCUCUUUAAGAGCGGGUAAACUUGUUUUGCUAUCCUCCUAAACAUCCUUUUUCCUUCCUCUUCCUCCCUUGCUCACUAUGCAAAAUACAUACAUUUAAAAUCACCGCCAUGUGUAAAAGAGACUUCAUUACUCAUUAUGUACACAUUGAAAAAUUUAUUUUAAAAAAACAACGCAUGUUUCGGAUAAGCAAAUGAAGAUAAAUAUCAAUGUUUCUUGAUAUAUUGUUUGUCGUUACAUAAGUAAAAAGAUAAUCCGAAAAAAUUUUUGAGAAGACACAGCCGAAGGGUAGGGAGAUAAACUAAGGGAAAAAAAGAAGAAAAGAAUGACAUACAACUUUACAUGUUAAAAUGUAUUUUGUAUGCCAAGAAGUUUGUUGUGUUCUUGUUUUAUAUUAUUAGGUAAAUAUGCAGAAUAUGGUUAAAUUCAGUACUGGCGAUUUUAAAUUAGUAAAUUUUAGCGUAAAAUUGUUUAACGUAUAGUGUUCAAGCAACACUAAAUGGAUUACAUUUUUCGCGUAGAAUAGGUUCAUGCAGGACUCGGUAUGUAUUUGAAAUCUUUUUAUUUAACACUAUUUGCAAUACAAGCGUAUUUUGUAUUUGAAAUCGGAAGUUUGAAAGCUUUUUAUAUUUCGAAUAAUUUUAUAAUUCAAAUAAUAAGGUUGAUUGUCAGUGUUAGUAUUUGAAAUACAAAAUUCUUUCAAUCUUUUGUUAUUAAUGAAAUAUCUGAAAUACAAAAUAUUUUCAUGUACUCUGAACAAACACAAAAUACAAAAUAUAUUUGUGUUGCCAAUAUUGUUUUUCAAAUAAAAAUAUUUCAAAUACAUGCCCAGCCCUGAGUUCAUGUACCUUACUUGAAUCUAUACAGGGUGUCUACAAAGUCUGUCCGUACCCCCUACGUUUCAGAAACUGUUUCAAAUUAUGAAAAACCGGACAUACAUGGUAUCUGUUAAGUAAUCCUGUUAAGUAAUCGCCAAUAAUGAAUGUAAACCCGAAUGAGAUUGAUUGCCCCUGUAAUUGUUAUUUUAUAUUAAUUGGUAACCACUGUCUCUUACGUACUGUAUAUUGAUUAACUUGAUUUUGUAUUUGCUAUACAACUGCGACUGAUAUCUUUUGUUACAUUAAGAAUUCUCAAAAUAAUUGAACGGAAAAGGAAAAAAAGGAGCUCAAUCUCUCUUUCGACGUGCGAUAAUCAUCGUACACAUACUCUAUUGAUUGAACUUUAUUUCGAUCAGAUAUAAAACUAACAUGCUAUUGAAUAACAAUAUCUGACUCGUUCAUUGCUACCUUCACAAUUUUUAUAUUGUGCACAGAUUAUAACAUAAAAAAGGGGGGGGGAGACAUUUUAUCUCGAGGCGAUGUAU